AUGGUACCGAAAAAGUCUUCGAAAACUUCUGCCCCAGUCGUUGCUCCAAAUUCUGCUCCAGUCGCCGAGCAACCAGCUGAAGCUCCGGCGCCGGCAGCGGUGAGAGCCAAAAGACGUAGUGAAGCCGAUCUUCUCGAUCUUAACAAUCCAAAGUUCGAGCUUCCAUUUGUCACCGACAAGAGAGCCGCAGCUACGGGUCCAAAGAACUACGACAUGGGCAAAGUGGCUCCAGCUAAAACUAAGAAGAAGGCUCAGAAGACUGACUCAAAGAUCCCAAAACAGGCGCCGAAGAAAUCUGCGAAGAAGGCUAAGAAGGCAAAGAAAUAA